AUCUACGCCAAUUUCCCAUAUAGAUCUCUCACAAGUGCAAUACGGGCUAGUCUUGUAGCAUAUAUACAAGUUCCGAAUUUGCUUCCCCCGUCUAGGGCAGGUCUCCCACUACGUAGCCUUACUGAUGAGUCCAAGUAGUGGGGACCGGGACGAAACGAUAUAAAGUGGUCUUCAUACCACUCUAUGGAUGAUAUACUUUUAAAUCUCCAUAAGAGCAAUUUAAUUUAAUUUAAAAUUACAAAAAAAUAUUUUCUGAAAAAUGGCAACUCGAUAUGUACUACUUUUUUCAAACAUAACAGUCAUUAUCUAUAAAGCCGAUUAUUCCAAAAAUAGAAUAUCAUUUUCGCGAUAAAUACCAGUAACUUGUAAGUUUCUGUUUCAGUAACAUUGUAGUCAGGCUAAACUGCUGAAGAAAGUUGUGAGCAUAAUUAAUAUUUUUAAAUUAUAUAAGUUUUUACUGACAAAGUUAUUUAUUAAAUUGCAAACAGUUCUUUUGCAUUUUGAAACAAGUAAAAGUCAUCAAAGGUUUAACAUGGACAUUAAAGAUAAAUGUGCGCUCGUUACGGGUGGAGCCAGUGGAAUAGGAUUCAGUUGUGCUUCGGAAUUAUUGCGCCAUGGAGCAAAGUGUGUGAUUAUCAUUGAUCAGAAUAAUGUAGCUGGACUGGAAGCAAAAGAAAAAUUAAAGAAUUUUGGAGAUAAAAGAACAGUUUUCUUCCCUUGUGAUUUAACAAAUAAGGAACAGUUUUCUGAUGUAUUCAGAAAGGCAAACGAAAUUUGUAAAGGUUUAGAUAUUGUCGUGAAUAAUGCUGGUAUUUGUGACGAACAACAUUGGGAUUUAAUGAUUGACAUCAAUUUUAAAGCGUUAGUUCGAGGAACGUUGCUUACACUUGACUGUAUGGGAAAGCACAAGGGCGGAAAGGGUGGAACUGUUGUGAAUGUCGCCUCAAUAGCGGGUUUAACGACGCUUGGAUCUCUUCCAGUUUACUCUGGCACCAAAUAUGCUGUGUUUGGAUUCAGUAAGGGAAUUGAGAUUUUCUACAACUCCACGGGUGUACGUGUCUUAACACUCUGUCCCGGAGUGACGAAAACGAAUUUGGUUGAGGAAAUGAACGACAAACUUCUUGAUUUUGUAGACGUGGAAGCAACUAAGAAGAGAUUAGGUUCUUUGCCCUUGCAAGAAACUAGUGCAGUGGCUGCUGCGAUGAUGAAAAUGAUUACCACUGCCAAAAAUGGUGCCACUUGGGUUAUUGAAGGAGACAAACCACCGUAUGAAGUUCAAAUUCCACAUUAUUCUACUUUAAAAGUUUAGACUUAACUAUAUCUGUACUUUAAUUCAAAAUAAAAUUUUCAAGUUUUCUAAACAUA